AAAGUUUUCCAAAUGGAUUCAUCAAUUGUUUGUGAGCUUGAAGGAACUCUCUUAAAAGAUCAAGAUCCUUUUAGUUACUUUAUGUUAGUUGCAUUUGAAGCAUCUAGUCUUAUAAGAUUUGCAAUUUUACUCAUGUUAUGGCCAUUAAUUAAAUUUCUUGAAAUUUGUGGCCAAAAGGAUAAAGGGUUAAAAUUAAUGAUAUUUGUGGCUACUAUAGGUGUAAAAAUUUCUGAAAUUGAAGUUGUGGCUAGAGCUGUUUUACCUAAGUUUUAUUUUGAUGAUAUUGAUAUGAAUUCUUGGAGGAUUUUUAGUUCAUUUGAUAAGAGAAUUGUUGUGACAAAAAUUCCAAGAAUUAUGGUGGAGAGAUUUGUUAAGGAACAUUUGAGAGCUGAUGAUGUUAUUGGGAGUGAACUCGUGGUGAACAAUUCUGGCUUCGCCACUGGAUUUAUUAAAGAUGAUUUUGACUCGAUUUUUGAAAAAGUUGGUGCUUUGUUUGAUGGUGAAACACAACCUAGCUUAGGCCUUGGAAGGCCUCAAAAUGGUUCUUCAUUCCUUUCACUAUGCAAGGAACAAUCACAUCCACCAUUUAUGAUAAACAAAAAUCAAGAUCAUAUUAUCAAGCCUUUACCAGUAAUUUUCCAUGAUGGACGUCUUGUUAAACGUCCAACACCAUCAAUUGCUCUAUUAAUUCUUUUAUGGAUACCAUUUGGUGUUAUAUUAGCAACAAUACGUAUUAUAAUAGGGUUAAUGCUACCAUUAUGGAUUGUACCCUAUUUAGCUCCACUAUUUGGUGGUAAAGUCAUUGUCAAGGGCAAACCACCACCACCAGCAUCAACCACCAACUCGGGUGUGCUCUUUGUGUGCACACACCGAACCCUACUUGACCCUGUGGUCCUAUCCACCGUACUUCAACGUAGGAUACCGGCCGUUACGUACUCAAUCUCCCGAUUAUCGGAGAUUUUGUCCCCGAUCCCGACCGUCCGGCUAACGAGGAUUCGAGAAGUGGACGCACAAAAAAUCAAACGUCAACUCGAGAAAGGAGAUUUAGUUGUCUGCCCCGAAGGAACGACAUGUAGGGAACCGUUUUUACUGAGGUUCAGCGCGCUUUUCGCUGAAUUAACCGAUCGAAUCGUACCAGUGGCAAUGAAUUAUAGAGUAGGGUUUUUUCAUGCAACAACAGCUAGAGGAUGGAAAGGACUGGAUCCAAUUUUCUUCUUCAUGAACCCUAGGCCAAUGUAUGAGGUAACAUUCUUGAAUCAACUACCAGUGGAAGCCACGUGUUCAUCAGGGAAAAGUCCACAUGAUGUUGCAAAUUAUGUCCAGAGAAUUUUGGCUGCAACAUUAGGAUUUGAAUGUACUAAUUUUACAAGAAAAGACAAAUAUAGAGUUCUUGCUGGAAAUGAUGGAAUUGUGUCACAAAAUUCUGGGACAAAUUUAGCUAACAAAGUGGUGGACACUUUCAAGCUUUUUAUUCACUAAAAAAUAGAUUAUGAGUUAUUUAAAUUUUUUUUUGGUUAUAUGUUUUACUUGUAUUUUUGUUUUAUUCUUCAUGUCUUUGUGUAUAUAUAUAUUAAAAAAACAGAUAGAUAAAAAAAAAAAGGCAGAGGUUGUAUUCUUUGUUUUUUUUAUAUAUAUCAUCCUUACAUUCUUUUUCAUGA